AUGUCAGGCUCUCAUCGUAUGUACAACAACCGCUCACUCGAGCGAAUGACAGUGCAAAGGCACCUCUCCCACUUGAAAGUCGAUGACCCGUUCGACAAGCCCGAGAUUGUUCCGGCUCAUCUCCUGCUCUACGUCAAUGAAUACCUGCAGUCUCUGCACAGAAUCGAAGAAUCACGUAGUAGGACGAAGGAGGCAACAGCAGCUGUUGAGAAGAAGAGGACGCCCAACAGCUCACUUGUGCGAAACGCGACGAUCGUUCCCGAAGAUUGCGCCAUCAAUGGACUUUCAUCCGAUGCGUUCGAAUCCGAGGUAUCUGAGUCCAAAGAUUCAGGACCAAUCAUCGACUGGAAUGAGCUUAUCGGCUCCAAUAUUUGCAUUCCUGAUGACGACUUGAACUCUUGCGGUAGUGACGAUACCGAGUCAAAGACCCUCUGCGCUCAGUUACCGGACUUUUCGAAGCCGUCGACGACGCUUCUAAUCAGACCCAGAAGGCUCAACGUUGUCCGCGACAAUGACAGUGAUCAUGAAGAUGACGAUGAAGAUGACGAUGACAAGACAAUCUGCGCUGAUUCUCCUCAACGUCCCGACUCGCCAACUUUCUGGCUAGAAGAAUUGGAAAGGGAGUAUCCAAAGGAGCGCUGUUCGCGUGUUUUUGACAGAAGUUUUAGCGACGAAUGCGAUUUUGGUAAGUUGUGUGCUUGCCGUGAUCAAAAUAUAAACAAACUGUUUCAGAGUCGAACCUUGCUUUUCCGACAGAACAGUACUACACUAUUGACGAAUCAGAAGACAUGGUUCUCGAUGGUUUUUUUUUCAAGUAUAUCGUUUUACAAAACAAGUUUCAGAUCCUGAGCCGUGGCAAAACCGUGUUGCCUAUGAAGUAAAAGCUUUUUUUGCUGAGUACUCUGAUGUACUCACGGAGGACGAUCUCGAAACUAUGAUGGACGCUGAUUCUAUCGACCAGGGCCCCCAUUUCAUGAGUAAAUGCGGUGCUCUGACGGAGGAUGCUUUUGAUGAAAGGGAGCCAGACUACUCAGACAGUGAAUCAGAUGGAGAGCGCUCUCCUGAGACCGUACGUAACUUCAAUGAGAUGAGCUACAAAGAGGAAAUGGACGCAAGCAGCCACACUUCUGUGGUCACCAACGUUGCUUCGGAAGACAAACAGCCGCUGGAAGAUUCCACGGCCGAUCCGGAUGACGAUGGCGAAGCUGCUAGUGUUGCCCUUUACAAGAGCGGUUGGAAUUUAUUCGAAUGAAAAUAUGAAGAUGAUUUUUCAGUUCCCUUCUUCGAUCCUGUGCUCCUGGAACAAUUCAAGAUCAAGCAACAACCGCUUGACUAUGAACUGAUCAUCAGGCCAUGCACCGUCGGUGAUGUCAGCGAGUGCCUCAAGUAAGUUGGACGCUGCGAAUUGAAACUUUUUGUAAACUAUUUCGUGGAAAAAAAUUUCUUGUCUUUAGGAUAUAUCAGGCGAGCAAGAUUGGCGUACUUGGUGACCUCCGACCUGAAGUGCGCGAGCAGUUGGAAGGUGUCGGUACCAACGAAGUUGGCAUUGAAGCUCAGUUUUCAGUUCUCGCUGAAGUCAAAGGGUACGACUUCACUGCCAAACUAGAUCCUGACUUUCUAUUUUCAGAACAAGCGCGAUUGCUGGAUUCAUUGUCGCCAAAUUUGUAGAGCUGGAGCACAAACCGCCGGUUCUGCAUCUUCGCACCCUCUAUGUCAGGCCUUACUUUCGACGCGAAACCAUUGGGAUGAUGCUGAUAUCCGCCGUCUGCCAUGCUGGCAUGAAAUACGUUAGUUUUCAAAUUUUUUGAGAAAUCCAUGUAGGUAUGGAGAUGUAAAACAAAAAAUCAGUUAUUGAUGACGUGUUCAAAGUCAUUUCGGCAAUUUCAAAAUUGACGCGUUAUUCGUUUGAAAUGAUUUCGGGAAAUAGGCAGAAUUGGUAUUAUGGGAAGACGCACAAAAAGUGAGUCUUACAACGAUAUAUCGUUGGCUAUGCAUUCUUACUUUGAGUUUUACGCGCGAAUUUGAAAUUUCAGCAGAAAAUGCCCAAAUAACUCCACAUUUUCCCGCGCAGAAGUUACAGUAAAAAAGGCAUAUAAAACGAUAUAUCGUUGUAGGACUCACUUUUUCCGCGCCUUCCCGAAAUACCAAUUUUUCCUAUUUCCCGAAACCAUUUAAUACGAAUAACGCGUCUAUUUUGAAAUCGCCAAAAUUACUUUGAACACGGCGUGAAAUUUUUUUUUCGAAUCACAGUCAUAUGUUUUUUCAAACUAAAUAAUAUCUGAAAGAAACUUUGAUUUCAGCGAAUGGAGCACAUGGCUUACGGCCACUGGCCAUCGCAUGGGGACGCUCUCAAGUCGUAUCUGAUGCAUCUCGGAUUCAAAGAAACAAACGAGGACGAGUUCGACCAUCAGAUCAGUGGAACGGUCUACUCCCUUCGACUCGGACCUCGUGCAUACAUGACUGAACAAGAGGCCGCCAUAAAUCCUGCCAGGUUCAAAGACGUCGUGCCAAGUGUCCGGCCCGUUCACGAGUCCCUCGACAAGUUGGACUUCAAUUGCCAGCUGGACAAAAUUCUUACCGAAGGGAUCCACAUUCAAAAGUAGUUUUUUCUUGUAAUCCAUAGUUUUUUUUACAGUAUUUGCGCAGUUCUCAACUGAUUUUGUAUAUAAGGAAAAAAAUACUACACUUAUUUGUCUCACCGCUUUGUUACAAAUCUGGUAAAGUGUAGUGAUGUACUCACUCUUAACACAUUCUCACGUUUUUUUUGUUUUGCGUUAAUCUUUCCUUAUUCGUAACUUUUACUAAACGUUUUUCUCUCACCCUCUUCAUUUAAAUUUUCAUGAUUUACAGAAACACGUAGUUUGAAAUCAUAUCCCCAUAUUUAUCUGUAUUUUAUUGUGUUCCUUUUUAAGAUUCUUUCUUUCCUGGUUUGCCGAAUAGUAUCUCAUUGCCACAAUCUAAGUUGCUGUCCCUGUGAAUGAUCUCCUCCUCACGCACCGGUCAAGAACCACCUUUUAUAUUGAUUUUUGAAAACGAGUAACUCACUUUGAAUUCGAACACUUGCAUUGUUUUUCACUCGCUUCCCAUGCCAUAAAAGGUUGAAAACAAACAGCUUUCAAAUUUAAUAACAAAAGUUAGUGAGAGAAUUGAAAAAAAAUUUGUAUUUAACAAAGAAUUUCGUUCGAAACUUCAAACAUAAGUAGUAAAAUUCAAAGAAGAAAUUCAACAGGGUUUUUAUUUCCAUUUUGAUAUUUGCUUAUUUCAUCAUAAUUUUUUUGACAGUUCAUUUCAUUUUGGAGCUUUUUAAUUCAUCUCAUCCAUGAAGACUGUGAAAUGAGAAUAAUAUUUGGUGCGAUUCAAACCAACAAAGUCUGCAGGAUCAUUUUAGUGUGAAACUGCUGGCUGGACAGCCAACUCACAGCUCGAAAACUUUCUCAAUCUGAAAAAAAAAGAAAGUUAAGCACACUUGAUCUAAGAAGUUUCAGCAUAGUCAUCAAUCCGAAAAUUCAAAAGAAAAAGCUGUUUUCGAAAGCCAAUUUGUGAUCUUUUUUUUGUUAACUAAUCUCAAAUUUGGUGAUUAUGAGAUAUCAGAAGUUUUUUUUCAGUGUGACUUUCAGUCAAAGUUCAAGAAAGUUGAAAUUAGGAGAAAGGGAAGAACCGCGGGAUUUUAAACUUUUCUCUCUCAGCUUUUGAUUGAUUUUACUCUCAAUUAUUUUCUACUUUCCCACCGAACAGGUUAAGGAGAAAAGAGAAGGAUUCUAAUUGCAAAUAUAAAUUUCUUGGAUUCUACGGGAGCCUUUCCAAGACAGCCGUGCCUUGCCGUUCCGGCUACUCGCACGUGGUCGUGGGUUCAAGUGCCGUCAUUCAGGUGGACCGGCUGCUCGAAUUUCCUCACUUGGUUCUCAUGAGCCGGCCUGUGAGUGUGGGAGUUUUUGACGUCGAAAAUGAUGCUGCUCGUUGCUACACCAAUCCGAAGUGCACCCAUCCUGGCGCUGAAGUCGAAAUCAUUCAGCUCGUGUUUCGACUUAUGAACGUACAAUAUUCCAUUGUAAUUUAUCGAUUUAAAAUCACUCACUUGGUACCAUCGACUUUAUAGGUGGAUGUAACCAAAGAGUUUGGAAUUCAAUACGAUUUUGGAAGCAAGAUGCCAAACGGGUCUUGGUCGGGUAUGAUUGGGCUAUUAACAAAAGGUAAUCGUUAUUUAGACUAUUGAAAGACUUCAGAUUUUCACAGAUAAAAUCGAUGUUUGCGGGAUAUCCAUGCGCAUGUCUAUUGAGCGUCAAGAAGCCGUUCUUUUUUCUUAUCCCACCAGAUAUUUUGAUGUAAGUAAAUUUUCAAAUCUUGGGAAACAAAAAAAAUUUUCAGAACGUAUUCAUAGUGAGAGCACCAACACUAAAUUGCGCUCGUUACUUUAUUUUCAACGCCUUUUCUUCGACUGUCUGGAUAACAAUCACCGCAAUUGCUGUUUUCGCCUAUUGCUUUUAUUUCUUCAUACGUUUCAUAAGUUUGACCACAAAAAACCCUGGGAUCAAUACCUCAAAAGCAAUCAAAACUGUUUUUUGGGCAAGUUGAUGGGAUUUUCAAUUAGGAUUUAUUUUUGUUUCCAGGGCCACAUUCACCUUCCUCCAAGUUCACUGUUAUUCGUCGUCACGAUUCUGCUAACAUCUUUUGUGAUAGCUCAAUUUUAUCAGAAAGGGAUGUACGCAUACUUGACUAAUCCAUUGAAAUAUGAUAUACCCUUCUACACAGUUCAAGAAGCUUUGGGUGAGAUAGAUCACAUAUGAAAGUCAAGAAAUUCCCUUUCAGACCUAGUCGAAAAGAAGCGCCGAUUCUUCGCGGCCUUCGGAGCUCAGGGAGUUCUUUGCUCGCCAGAGACUUGCUCACGAUUCGAGCAAGUAACGAAGAAAAAUCCGGUCAGGAGAGCUGAUGACGAGCAAGGCAUUCUGGAUUUGAUGGAGUGA